AUGUCCGACGCCGACGCAGUGCAGACGCUGGCGACGCGCCUGAAGAAGGUGAUUCACCUUCCUUUGGAGUACGAUGUUUUGUUCACCGAGAGUGAGGUGCAAGUGCACAGUGCCCCAUUCGGACAAGUGGCGGGAAGGCUCUCUGCUGGAACAGUCCAGGGCUAUCCCGCAGGUGAGUGGCUGCACCUAACCGGGCAGGAAGUCUCGCGGCUGAAGGGCCAAGGCCUGCUGGAGGGCGACUUCCAAGAUGGCUGGGUGCAGCUAGCGCCCAGUGUCGCAAAGUUGAUGCCUCGUUGGGCGCAGAUUGAUGUGGAGAUGGUCUUUCUGGAGGCACUGGACCUCUCGUGGGCUGGGCUCGUUGGGGAGUUUGUCACCUACAGCGUGCAGUGGAGGCUGGAAGGCGAGAGCGAGCCGAGUUGCGCUGAGCGCACAGAGGCGGGAUCCCAGGCAGCUCAAAAGGAGGAUGCAAGGAGCGGCACGCUGGAGUGCACAUCAUCCCGAGCAUUGCUGCACGGCCUUCCGCCUUCGACAGAAAUCGAGGUGCGAGUUGUUGCGGCCGUGACGGGUCCGGAGAUCGAUUUCAAUGAGUUGGAGAUCAUUGGCUCUUGGACAAAAAUCUCCACCGGAUCAGCUUUACCAUCCGAGGAUGUGGAGGUUCUCGGAGACCGGGAUCUCUUGGGAGGAUAUCGUGGCGGCUGCCUCCUUUCGUCCUGCCGAGGCUACCUUUCUGCUUCCCUGCACUCCUCGCAUGCAGAGCGAUGCCGUCGUUGCGGCUGCUCGUAUGAGGAGCACAUCGAACUAGAAGGAGAACCAAUAAAGGAGAUGGAUGAGCCUUUUGCAAAGGAGCAAGAUGCUGCGACAGUAGAAGGUGGAGCAACGGAGCCUCCUGAGGACACGGCUGAUCUCGAUGAUAUUGGGAGCUCGGAUGAUGGGUUCGGUGAAGCGGAGGACGGAGCGAGAGCUGAUGACAGCCUUGAAGCUGACGCCAGCUUUGAGGCUGAUGCUAGCCAGGCUGAUGCAAACCUCGAGGAGAAGGACGAAGAUGCCUGGGAAGACUUUCUGAAAGCAGAAGAAGGCGAGGCUGAGGAAGCUCCGGUCCAGGUGGAGCCUGGCCUGCCCUCAGGACACGCUAGCAGCGAGAUGGCCUCAGGGAGUCAGCAAGCUCUCAAUCCAAGCGAUGCCCAUGAGGAUGUUUGCGUUUCGGAUGAAUCCAACAAGGAGAGCGUGACUGCGCAGGAGGAGGUUGAACACAUUGAGAAUUCAAUACUACAUGCCCAGAGCAUGCUGGAAGACGCCAUUGAGUAUCAGGUAUUGGCAGCAACUCCCACAUAUUGUAAGCCGUCUCAGCUUGAAGCGGAAGAGUCCCAGCUUCUUGAAGGUGAAACCGUCGCUGGUUUCCCCGCUCUGAGUCAUUGGAUAAAGCUGCAACCAUCGGAGGGUGACUUGGACUUUGUGUCGCACUGGGUUUUCCAGCGCCCCUUAGAACCAACACUUCAAGCCAAGUGGUGCGAGAUCCAAGUUCUCAGACGGAAAUCUGGCGUGCUACAUGUGCGGUGGAAGGGGCUGAUUACGCGGAGGCCAUGCUUUACGCUCUACUGCCUCGAGUGGAAGAGUGGCUCUAGCCAGGGAUGUGGCUUGACUCUUAUGCCUGAAUGCACUGUGGCGAUCAGCAAGCAUGAGGAUGCGAAGUUCAGGGUCAGUGCCUAUUUGAAUGGAGAGGACACGAUUGAAGUCUUGGGCAGCUGGCAAGAGUGCAGUUUCCAAGAAGAGCCGGAAGACGAGCAGCAAGCAGACGUCUCAGAAGAGGUGGAAGACAUACAACCGAUGGAUGCAGAAGGCGAAGCAGUUGUUUCUCAAGAGUCGGAACAAUUGAACUCUGAAGUGAAGGAUGCUGCCAGCGCUGCAAGCCGUACAGAUGCUGGCGACCUCAAGACGGGUACAUCUGUUUCAGCCGAGCUUUUUGAUUUCACAGACUUGGAUUCUGCUGAUACAGUCGACACAGUGGCUGCGGCUGCUGCACCCUCGCCUGAACCAGUUGCGCCUUCCACAAUUCUACCCUCUGAGGAGGCUUGCACGCCUGCGCCAUACCUGAGUAUGCCACCUCCAUCCGUCGGCUCUGGCCCUGAAAAAGCCGAGUACGAAGUGGUGCACAAGGCUGGCGUAUUGGUGCGCUCUGCUCCAAGCCGAGACGCACGGGUUUGUGGGCGCCUGUCGUUCUCAGAUCGCGUGUCUGGGCUUCGGACAGGUGCCUCAGGUCUAUGGCUGGAGGUCACCUGGAAAGGGACCACCGCCUGGGUCCUUGUAGAUGGCGCGGAGCUUGGCCUUGGGACGCUACUCCGUCCGGUCGAGAAGGACUCACCUGAGAAGCCCCGAGAAGUCAAAGAAGUCAAAGAAGUCAAGGCCAAGACAGCAUCUGUGGCGGGCUCAAGGCACGCAGCUAGUCUUGCGCAGCGGCUUGUGAGCGAACCACUGGAAUACGUGGUGCUGAAGCCCGUGAAGCUCUACGGAGAACCAAAACCAGCAGAGUCUCAAGGCGAGCUUCAAGUGGGGGAGUCAGUGCAAGGCUAUCCUGGAAGCAUGUCCUGGAUACGCUUGGCAAGGGCUUCGGAGACCUGGGCUCCCACGAAAUUUGGCAAGGACACGUGCCUCGUCCCCACGUGGUCGAAGUUGAAGGCUGAGAACGUGUACAGCGAAGCGCUCGAGGUCAGCUGGCAGGGCCUCACCGCGCGCAGUCCCUACGUUGCGGCCUACAGCGUGGAGUGGCGGAUCACGCCUGGCGAGGAGCUGCCAAUUGGAGCUGCGGGCCAAGAUUUCAAGAAGGCGGGCUACUCCCUGAGUCUCAAGCCCAGAGUGAUUUUGCAUGGCCUGCCACCGGGCGCUGCUGUUCAACUUCGGGCUGGGGUACGAGUGGCCUCCCAGAAGGAAGGUGAAGCAGAUUUCCGGCUGCUGGGGCUCUGGCAGGACUUCACCACCGGGAGCCCGCUUCCGCAGGAGGAGGAGAGAGAAGCCGCCCGACGGAUGGACCCCUUUGGAGCGGUUCGGGGCCGGUGUGAAAGCAGUCAGUGCCGCGGAUAUGUCUCCGACCCAGAAGCCCUGGCAUCGCUGGGGCUGAACGCGAACUCUUUGGUUACCAAGGCAAUUUGCGUGCGAUGUGGCAAGCCCUUUGAAGCACAUGAGCGUGUCAAUGCGUCCUCAAAGAUCGUUGCAGCCGAAGCUCCAGCACCAGCCCAGUUUCAGCCGCCCAUUGAACAUGACAACAUUCUCAGAACCUACGUCGUUGUUCAUCCCAUGGUCUUCGUUCGAGACAGGGCCUCCGUGAAGGGCAGGACUUUGGGAGCAAUGAGGCAGGGCGACCGCGUUCAGGGCUGGCCUAUGUCAGGCUGGCUGCGGCUCAGCCCCGACUGCGCCUUUGCAAUCGCCCAUGACAAGCAGGAUGCCUGGAUUCUAAUCCAUGGUGCAGAAGUUGGGUUGGGACACUUGCUUGAAGAGGCCAAGGAGACGGACGUGCACAUCGCAGGCAAAAGACUUGACACAGGCCGACCAGUUGACAAAGACGUGACGCGAUGUGAGGAGGCUGCGAUGGAAGCAACGUCAGUGCUAGUCGCACCGAUUCUUUACCACGUUGGUGAUAUGGCAGUUCCCAUCCAUGCCCUGCCCCGGGCCAAUGCUCGUCAGGUCGGCCAACUUUCAUCGGGAGCCACGGUGAAAGGAUUUCCAGCAGGGGGCUGGACGAAGCUAGCUGAAGGUGAUGCACACUGGGUGCCAACUACCAUCCGCGGCAGACCGUCGCUGAUUCCUCAGUGGUCUAGCAUACGCUUGCAGCAGGCCUUCGAAGAAGCCCUCUAUCUCUGCUGGAAGGAGCUGCCAUCCAAUGAGGUCACCCGCUACUUUUUGGACUGGAAGCUGCAAGGAGGCUCGGGCCACGGCAAGAUUGACGUUCCGCUUGGAAAGACCGCUGUUUUGCUGGGCAACCUCCGCAAUGGCGCUACCGUGAGAGUUCGAGUACGGGCAGUGGUGUACUCACCAGCCGUUCCAGCUGGAGUGACGUUUCUGGGUGGCUGGACGGAAGUGAAGUGCUUGAGCGGGCUGCUUGGCCAGGAAUCUUCUCGCCACGGAGCUUGCAGCCAAUACAAGGUGGUGGAAGGCAUUGACUCCACUGAAGAGGAACGUUGUCGGCGAUGUGGUCACCCGCGGUCUGAGCAUACCGACAAUCAAGCUCCAGAGGAAGCAUCAGACCAUCAGCCAGAACCUGUUGCUCCAGAGAUUGAGAAGCCCUUGUCAGAAAGUGAUGGACCCGAAGAGCACUUCCAGGUGGCAGUCACAACUGUCUAUGCGCGCUCACAGCCCAGCACCACAGCUGCGCCUGUGGGCUUCGUGCACAAGGGCACUCUUCUCUCUGGCAAGGUGAAAGAUGGCUGGCUCUCCAUGUCGCCGGAGUGCUGCCAACGGCUGCUCGCCAAGACACAGGCCUUCGUCGCCACGGAAGGCCGCUUUGUCGCCAGACAUGACUUGGGGGCCUUGUUGGUGCCCGCAUCCAGCACAGUGCAGGAAAGCAGACACAGGUCGUCCGAUGAGGGCGCAAAGCGGAGUGCAGAGUCUCUCAGGCUCAGAGCAGAAAGGGCCUGUCAGGUCUUGAACGGAGAGCCACUUGAUUUCCAGGUGGUGUCAGAGAAAGCUGUCGUGCGAGAGACUCCAGAUUCGAAUUCUGGAAUGAAAAGCGCGUUGAAGAAAGGAGAGAUUGUGCGCGGCUUUCCGAGUGGAAGCUGGCUUAGGCUUCGAGGAGAUGCAGGAUGGGCACCCAUCGAAACCCUCGGCUCUGGUGCAGCUCUAUAUAUGCAGGCGGUGUGGUCCAAGCUCCACGUCAAGCAAGCCUUUAUGGAGGCCAUGAUCCUGGAGUGGCCUGGCCUGAAGAUCGAUCAGAAGGUCACCUAUGCAGUUGAAUGGCGCUCUCCUUCAGGUGCAGGCGGUCAUACCGUGUCGAAGUUGAACAAGAUCCAUCUUACAGGGCUUCCAGCAGAUGGCAGCUUCUCUAUGCGAGUACUGGCUUGCGUGACAAGUGAUGCCCAAGGAGUCACACCUCUACGACUCAACGGGCCGUGGAUAGAGGCAGCAGGUCUAGCAGCAGCUGAUAGGCCUGGAUCUCGACAUGGCGAUGCCAACCUGGACCCGCUUGGAGAAGUUCGUGGGGAGUGUCAGGCUGCAAAGUGCUCCGGAUACCUGGCGCCAGAGGAUUCUGCUUCUUACGUCAAUGACCCCAAAUCCACACUGUGCAGGCGCUGUGGGCAUGCCUUUCUGGAGCACAAGAAAGGAGAGAAGCACGGGCGUUCGGCUUCGGUCCGCGCACAGCCCGGCGUUCGAGAGGCUCCCUCGACUCUCAAAGGCUACCUGGCGACCUAUGUGGUGGAGCAUCGAGCUAUUCUGCUUCGAUCCAAGCCAAGCACCAAGGCGGACAAGCUGGGGAUUGUGUGCAAAGGGCAAGUGCUGAAAGGAUAUGAAAUGGAAGGCUGGCUGCAGAUCACCCGUGAGUCUAGCGCAAAGGCUGGCGUUAGCGGCGGACGAAUUGCCUGGGCUUUGAUCGAUGGCAAGGAAGUCGGCUUGGGAGUGCUGCUGCGGCCGCUCAAACCCGGUGAGACUCCUCAAAAAGACCGCCAGGAGUCUGAUGAUGAAAAGAUUGCAUGGAGAGCUGAAGAUAUCUACAUCAGCAGCUUGGAGUUUGAGGUUAUGCACAAAACAGUCUCUGUGCGCAGGCGGCCAAAUGUUUCCGCCAAGUCGCUGGGCAUUGUCAAAGAGGGAGAUCGCGUCUUCGGCUACCCGAAAGAAAACUGGCUGCAGACCACGAGGAAAUUUAGGCAGAAGGAACUUGGCUGGAUCCGCAUGGACGGAUCAGAUAUGGGGCAGGGGCUACUUUUGCAGUGCACGGCACUGAAGCCGCAAGUGGCCAAGUGCUUUGCAGAGGCGCUGUUGAUCAGCUGGCAGCAUUUGCCGGUGAAAUCCGCUUUGUACACCUUGGAGUGGAUGUCGCAGGAUCGGAAAAGCACUCAUGUUGCUUUGGACAAGACCAAAUCCAACACGGGCAAGAUUCAGGGCCUUGCUGCAGACUCCACAUACUACUUCAGGGUCAGUGUCCAGAUCCUUGUGCCGGGAAUGAGCGCAGACAAGCCGCAGAGCGUAUGUGCCAAGAUCAGCAGCGAAUGGGGCGAAGCGCAGACAGGCCUUCCAGUCGAUGUCACCGAGCAAACUUCGAUGAGUUUCGAUCCCUUGGCCAAAAUCCGUGGAAAAUGUGGUGAUUGUAAGCAUUGUGAAAACUUCAUCCUCUCGAAGUACUCCUACUUGAUGCAUUUGGACCAGGUGCUUUGUCGGCGCUGCGGCUGUGCUUGCACAAGUCACGAGGUGGUCGGCGAGUACGGGAAAUCUCAUGCUCAGUGGACAAAAGAAAAUGCAGAGCGCAGGCAGCGAGAAGACCAACGACGACAAGCUGGCAACAAGAAGUCACCUGCCGCAAUACCUGAGAUUCCUUGCCAACCAUGGCAGCCAGAUGAUGCUCCGGCAGGUGCUACAAAGGUAGAGUACGUCAUCCGAAAGGUGAAGGAAGCACGCAACUUCUACGAGACUCUGGGUGUGAAGCCUUCAGCAGCUGCCAAGGAUAUCCGCAAUGCCUACAGACAAAUCGCCUUGCGCAUUCAUCCAGACAAGGUUGGCUCAGACACAGACCCAAAGGUGCUGGCACAGUCUGAGGCCGCCUUCAAGUUGGUGUCCUCAGCUUAUGAAGUCCUUGGUGACGAAGGAAAGAGAGCCUCAUACAAUCACACCACAAGGCUGCAAAGCAAAGCCUCACCUGCUCAACAAACCGGGCCACGGACAACGGCACCAUCGAGCAGUGCGAAAAGAGAGAACUGGCCAGGAGGUUCAAGGUCAGCAGCGGAGGUGGAUUUUACAGUUUCUCAUGCAAUCAGCGGUGAAGAGCUUCGCAUCACCAUGAACAAAGGGACGAGUGUCAUGGGGCUGAAGCGAGCUAUGUGCAAGAGGCUAAAGAGGGGACCGCCAGAAGCAAUGGACAUUUGCGAUGCCAGUGGCGUUAUCUUAGAAGAUGACCACCGCUUCACUGCUGCCCAGGCUUUGUUCUGUAUUGGCAUCUCCUUGGGUCCGCCAAAAACGCUGAAGCUCGAGGUCCGAGACCACCGCACUGGGGCGAGGCUGUACCUGGAGGUGCUGGACACGGUCAGCAUGGAGUCCUUGCGGAAGAAGGUGGCCAGGGAGCUCGAAGUCAAAGAGAAGGAAAUUCAAAUCGGCCACCAGAAGUACACGGGGAAAGGCUCUGCCCGCCGUUUUGAAGCUCUUCCAAGUGAUGAGCUUCUCAAUGGAAGGAGAACUGUCUAUGUGAAUGGGAAUGGCGUGCUCAUCUACCUCAACCUUGAGCAGGCGUUGCAGCUGCAACGAGACCUGAUUGUUGCCUACAGCCAGCCGAAGUUUCAGCUGGAGCUGGGGGAGUUGCUGCAGACCUAUCCAAUGCCAGAGUCCAUCACGCAGAUGAAGUUCCGCGAGGCCUUCGGAAAGCUGGUGCGCAUUGCGCAGAAGGAAACGUUGCGCAGGUGGGGCUUUGAGGGCGAUUUUGCGGCACAGAACAUGAUGACCGCUUUUGCCAAGGUCGGGCACGAAGCGGAAGUAUACACGCUCAGCCUGGAGAUCGACAAGCUGCUAAGAAUCACUUCAGGCGGAAUGAUUGCAGCUCCAAUCAAGUCACGUGUGGGCGAGGCGAAGGUGCAAGUUGACAGGGCAAAAGCCAAAGCUGAGCCACAACCUAAAGCUACAUCCAGAGCACAGGAGACCAAAGUCAGAUCUGAACCCAAAGGUCCUGUCACCAUCACGGUCCGCCAAGCUGUCGAGGAGGAGGAAGGCGUACCGGCUCCGUCCAUGAAGGUCGUUGUGCCGGCAGAUGCCAACAUGCGAAAGGUGAAGCAGGCCAUUGCCGAAAGACUUGGCAUGAAGCGGACAACGUCUAUCAAGCUUGUUUUUGACCUUCACGGAAGAGCUGCCAAGUUGCGGAAGUCUGCAGCAACGGACAGCGGUAUGACCUUUGCGUCGUUCAAGGACGACGAGCUCAUUGGCUCGCGCAGAGAAGUGCUCAUGCUGGGUGCUGACCUUCGGCAGGCGGUCCACCCGGGCCGCCCGGCCCAGGAGUCCACAAGAAGCAACUCUCCAAUCGAUGCGAGCUCGAACUUUGGCGAAGCUGUCGUUGUCACCCUGCAGGAAGCUUCUGCACAGAGGGAGGCUCAAGUGAUGGUGUACACCUCCUCGACCAUGCACGAUGUGAAGAUUGCUGCUGCCAAGCGCUUGGAGCGUUGGGACAUCUUCCAAAGUGGACGCUUGGCUCAGUUGGUUCAAGGUCAGCUUCAACGCCUGCACGAGCAAGACGUCGUUGGGACCCGCAGGACUUUCAUCAUGGAGGGAACAGAUCUUCUGCACAAGAAUCUCAAGGACGUUCUAUCGACACCACAGUCUAAGCAGGACGAGGCUUUGAGUCCUUUGCCAGUUCUAAUUUCAGUAAUCCACGCAGUUGACGGAGACAAGGUAGUCUUGAGCCUGCCAGCAACUGCAAGCAUGGCAGAGGUCAAGUCUGCACUGGCAGAGAAGUCAGAGCACAAGCAGCAGGUGCUGGCUGAGGGCAAGCUGGUUAGCAAGGUUGGCGACAGACUGGAAGAGUAUGCCAGCGGCGAGAUCAUUGCCCAGAGGCGAACGCUAUUCUUCACAGGCUGUAAACUUCGAAACCUGCCGCCAGCAGAAGUCCCCUUCAGUGUGGGCUCCAGACACAGCGAGACCAUGAAGGUCACUAUCAGGAAAGCUGUCGAGGAGGCUGAAGGACCUGCUGAAGUCAAUCUGGAGGUUCCACCGAAUGCCACAUGCCGUGAUGUCAGAGAUGAGCUAUCCCGAUGGCUUGGACGUCCAGAGCUGAAGAGAAAUGCCAAACUUGUGAUGCGGGAAGGAUCUGGUGACUUGCGACCUUACGAGGAUGCGGAGAAGGUGCGAAAGCAUCAGGUCUUGCUGCUUCUUGGAGAAGGCUUACAAGCCGCGCCGUGGUCACCGGCAGCCGCGGAAGCCAAAAAGGCAGCUCGACUGCCGCCACAGCAGGCCGUGCUGCUUUUGUUGGAACUUCAUCAGGCCACCAAGGAUGAGAAGUUCAUUGAGGUCUUAGACCAGAUCGAUGCCUGCAGAGCAGCCAAGGCUGAGAACUGGGAAGAAGAGAGCAAUGAGCUCUUCGCUAAAGGACUCACAAGAGUUUGGGGCACCGCCCUGGAGCGACGAGGGUUCUCGGCCGGCGAGGAUGGAUUUCAGGCCAUGUUCCGUGUGAUCAGCGCCUAUGGUAGACGAGACUCAGUGAGGAGGGCGGCGCGCGAUGUGGAGCAAGCGCUACGCUUCAAGCCGGGGGACUUCUUUGGCCUGGAGGAGACUCAACUUCCGCAGGGUGGCCUCAGCCCGGAGCAGGCUGAGGAGCUGCUUUCUGGCAUGCUGACCUUGCUGCAGUCCCCGCAGUUCCAGGAGAACUUAGAUGCCAUUGGCCAUCUUCCAGAUACAAGCCGUCGACAGGGUCUCGGCAUGCACUUUGCCGUCGCUUGCAAGGAGCUGGUCAAUGAGCACUUUGGCUACAAGUCUGGCAAGGAGGGCUUUGGGCAGAUGUUCGAAGAUGUGUGGAUGAACAGACAGGACCCGGCUGUGGCCAUGUUGGCAGAAGAGUGUGAGCAUCUUCUAAGAGUUCCGCUGGGGUCCUGGUUUGGCUUCACGCAGGAAUCCGCAAGUGUCGAUGCCAGCAAUGCAUUGGAACGCUUGGGAAGAAGGCAUUUCACAGACUUGCCAGAGAAGGCGGCAGACGUCGAGCAGGCUGAAGAGGUACAGGUCCAUGUACAGAUCAACGACUUGAAGGACAUCCCAAAUGGAGAGGUCAUGGUGCAAGUUCUGCGGACGGCAACGGUGCGAGAGGUGAAAGAAGCAGUGGCGUGGCAGAUUUUGACGAAGGAGGCCACAGGCAUCAUGCCGACUGCUUCGCAGGUCGCUGAGGUAUCUGGAAAGGGCAUGAUGGCAGCGACCAUUGGCGAUUCGAUAGCUGUAGACCUUCUAGCGGAUGAUGCCAUGCUCGAGGAUCGUCGAAGGAUGCUGUGGGUAAGUGAAGACGAGGCGGCAGAGCUGCUGCCGGAUGACUCAGAUGACUUCGCCUACCUUUUCCCCAAUGCACUGGAGGAGCCGGCAAAGUCGCCUGGACAGCAGCCUGACAAUGAGGAAGAAGUGGCACUUGGAGAAGUGGCACUAGGAGAAGUGGCACUAGGAGAAGUGGCACUAGGAGAAGUGGCACUAGAAGAAGUGGCAGAGGUGGCAGAGGUGACAGAGGUGGCAGAGGUGGCAGAGGUAACAGAGGUGGCAGAGGCAGAGGUGGCAGAGGUGGCAGAAGUGGCAGAGGCAACAGAGGCGGCAGAGGCAGAGGUGGCAGAGGUGGCAGAGGUGGCAGAAGUGGCAGAGGCGGCAGAGGCGGCAGAGGCGGCAGAGGUGGCAGAGGUGGCAGAAAUGGCAGAGGCGGCAGAGGCGGCAGCAGUGGCAGAGGCGGCAGAGGUGGCAGAGGUGGCAGAGGUGGCAGAAGUGGCAGAGGCGGCAGAGGCGGCAGAGGCGGCAGAAGUGGCAGAGGCGGCAGAGGUGGCAGAGGUGGCAGAGGUGGCAGAGGUGGCAGAGGUGGCAGAGGUGGCAGAAGUGGCAGAGGCGGCAGAGGCGGCAGCAGUGGCAGAGGCGGCAGAGGUGGCAGAGGUGGCAGAGGUGGCAGAGGUGGCAGAGCAGACCAAGAUUCAAGACCAGGAAGCAGAGGAAGAGAUGGAAGAAGUGGAAGAGGUUGAAGACGUCGCAGAGGUUAAGGAAGUGGUGAAUGCCAAAGAGGUCGAAGAGGUCGAAGAGGUCGAAGACGUUGAGGAGGUCGAAGAGGUCGAAGACGAUGAGGUCGAAGACGUGGAGGAAGUUGAAGACGCAGAAGAAGUUGAAGACGUUGAGGAUAGUCGCAUAGAGCAGGAAGACAAGAGCAGCAAGGAGGUGCUUGCCCAUGCCGAACGGGAACAGGACACCUUGCUCUUUGAGUUGCCGUCGGGUACAACAGACUGGCAGGUUGAGGUGCUGAACAAGUUCUUGCACUUGGUGGAUGGCCGUAUCGGGGACACGCCACCAGGUGCUUCGCCCAUUCGCCUGCUGGCCGACUUGGAGCCUGCGGCAAAGGAGACAGAAGGACCACAGUUGACGGUGCGUGUUCAGUCUGUUACCGCAGAUGGCUUGGGUGGAAGUUUCCACAUCUCUCUUCCGUCUGAUGGGACUGUGGGCUUGCUGCGGGAAAUGCUGACCAAGCGCUGUGGUGGAGGUGCUGUAGCCGCUCAUAUUCGCCUGGUUCGUCGCUUCACGGAGGUUCUCUUCCUGCCGUUGGAGGAUCAAGACGCCAUAGCCGACAUAGUUGGCAAGCAUGAGCUGCUCCUUGUGGGCUUAGAUCUGGCUGGUGUGGAGGGCGAAGAGCAGAUGGAAGAGACGAACAUCGAAGCCAAUGAGGGUCCCCAAGUCAGCGAAUCCAUUGCUUUGCUCACGGCGGCAAUGGAGCUGUUGGAGAAUCCAGAGGUGCAAGAACGGCUUAUGAGUCUUGAUGCUGUCAGUGAACUGCUGGCUUCUUGGGAGCCGCCCUGGAUUCUUGAAGGCUUUGAGGAGCUCGACACAUCCACUUUGUCAACAGUGCCAGGAUCUACAAUCCACAAGUGGGCUGAAAGUUUCUGUGACUUAGUAUCUCGAAUGAGGACUGCGCAGCAGGAUAUAUUUGAUGAAGUCCUGGAGGAAGAUCCAGACUCCAGCCUGGCACAAGUGCUACCAGACAAAGAGCUGGACAGUGAGAGCACCAAACAGGAGGUUACUGGAGAACUUGAGCAGCAGGCCCAUCCAGAGCCUGAAAUGGAGCCAGAACAGGAGCAAGAGCCGGAUCAGGACUUUGAUGCCGACAUUGUCAUGGUCGAGAUGGAGCACGCGAGAACAGGGCAUCGCCUGGCGGUGGCUGUGGCAUCUAGGGCCUCAUUGGGCGAGGUGAAAGCCGCCCUUAGUGCAGCUCUGGGUCUGCAAAACGCCACCGGACUGCGGAUAUCCACUUGCAAAGACUCAAGUGACGCUCUUUGCGAUGAUGCCUUUCUGAGUGGCAGGGCGCGGCUGUUCUUCGAAGGGCCAGAGGAUGACGAGGUGAUUGACGUCGUCUCUGAGGAGCAGGACCAAUGAGCAAGCGAUGACUGCAUUGGCCUGGUUGUGCAGCAAAUGCUGCAUGCAAAUCGCUUGGCUUAUUGAAACGGAAACAGGGGUGGCGCAUGCAACAUCGCAGCACGCCCCAACGGUCCCAGCGGCGGAUUUUCCAUUUGCCGCCCUGAUGUAAUGUACAUAUGUUCUUGCCGCACUGGCAACCUUGCACAGCUGGGCUCUCAAAAGCUGGGCCGGCCAAACAUGCGCUUCUCGUCGAGUGCGCUUGCAAAAUGACCUGUCUCGUGGCGCUCAGAAUUCAACGGACGACACGUGGGCAGAAGACGUGAAGG